UCACGUUCUCCUUCACUUUCCUUUCGCUUCACACUCACUGAAAAUGGGGCACUCCACCACCACCACCACCACCACCACCGCCACGGCGUGCCCUCUCCUCCUCCUCUUCCUCCUUCCGCUGCUCCUCUCUCCGCCGUCGAUCGAGGCAAACAAUCUGAUUAGAGACCUCAACCUCUUCCCUCCCCGCGAUGUCAACAUCCUUACCGAUCCCAACCUCGCUCUGCCACCAUCCAACAACACCACCAGGAUCGUCGAGAAGCCGCUCAGAUUUCCCAAUGUGCUGGGUGGGGUUUCCCUCGACGACUUGGCUCAUCGCGCUGGCUAUUACCCGAUUCAGCAUUCUCAUGCUGCAAGGAUGUUCUACUUUUUCUUUGAAUCGCGGAACAGCAAGAAGGAUCCUGUUGUGAUUUGGUUAACUGGGGGACCUGGAUGUAGCAGUGAAUUGGCUGUGUUUUAUGAAAAUGGUCCUUUCAAAAUUGCUGACAACAUGUCCCUUGUGUGGAAUGAUUAUGGCUGGGACAAGGUAUCUAAUCUUCUAUAUGUUGACCAACCAACUGGAACUGGCUUUAGUUACAGCACUGAUAAGCGCGACAUUCGUCAUGAUGAAGCGGGUGUCAGCAACGACUUGUAUGACUUCUUACAGGCUUUCUUUACUGAACAUCCAGAGUAUGCAUCAAAUGACUUUUUUAUUACGGGUGAAUCAUAUGCCGGGCAUUACAUUCCAGCUUUUGCUGCCCGUGUCCACAAGGGAAACAAAGCUAAAGAAGGAAUUCAUAUUAAUCUGAAGGGAUUUGCCAUUGGUAAUGGACUCACUGAUCCUGGAUUUCAGUAUAAAGCUUACCCAGAUUAUGCAAUGGACAUGGGCAUAAUUAAGCAAGCUGACUAUGACCGCAUCAACAAAGUGAUGGUCCCAGCCUGUGAAGUGGCAAUCAAACUAUGUGGAACUGAUGGAAAAAUUGCUUGCACAGCUGCAUAUUUUGUUUGCAAUACUAUAUUCAAUUCUAUCAUGUCACAUGCUGGUGAUAUCAAUUACUAUGACAUCCGAAAGAAGUGUGAAGGGAGCCUUUGCUAUGAUUUUUCAAACAUGGAGAAGUUCUUGAAUCAGAGGUCUGUUCGGGAUGCACUAGGGGUUGGGGAUAUUGAUUUUGUGUCUUGUAGCACUACUGUUUAUCAGGCUAUGCUGGUGGAUUGGAUGAGGGAUCUUGAAGUUGGUAUUCCCACCCUCCUUGAGGAUGGGAUCAAUUUGCUUAUCUAUGCUGGGGAAUAUGAUCUCAUCUGCAACUGGCUUGGUAAUUCAAGAUGGGUUCAUGCCAUGCAAUGGUCCGGCCAGAAAGAAUUUGUAGCCUCACCUGAAGUUCCUUUCACAGUUGAUGAAUCAGAAGCUGGAUUAUUGAAGAAUUAUGGACCUUUAAGUUUCCUCAAGGUCCGUGAUGCGGGUCACAUGGUUCCAAUGGACCAGCCCAAGGCUGCUUUGGAAAUGCUGAAGAGGUGGACUCAGGGAACCCUUUCCAAGUCUGAAGCUGAUGCAGAAAACUUGGUCGCAGAGAUGUAAUCUCUUAUAUUGUAAUUAGUCUAGCAAAAGGGUACAGAAAUGUAAUAGAGAGGAAACUAAGCAACUGGCAUCUGUUAUUCCCACUAACCUAAACGCAUAUGAUAUAAAAUGACAGUGAAUCAUUGCGACGCAAGAAAAUAACUAUUCAUAUAAAAAUUUACUCUGUAUCUAAAAUGUUGUGGUAAAAUGUUGAUAUGUUAAUUGCUUACAUCUCAAAUUUCGA